AUGCCCCCGAAGAAGGCCGUCCGUCCCGCUCAGGAGAACAUCUCCCUUGGCCCUCAGAUCCGUGAGGGUGAGCUCGUUUUCGGCGUUGCUCGCAUCUUCGCUUCUUUCAACGACACCUUCGUCCACGUCACCGAUCUCAGUGGCCGCGAGACCAUCUGCCGUGUCACUGGUGGCAUGAAGGUCAAGGCCGACCGUGACGAGUCCUCCCCCUACGCCGCCAUGUUGGCUGCCCAGGACGUCGCUGCCCGCUGCAAGGAGCUCGGCAUCACUGCCCUCCACAUCAAGAUCCGUGCCACUGGUGGUAACGGCACCAAGACCCCCGGCCCCGGUGCCCAGUCUGCUCUCCGUGCCCUUGCUCGCUCUGGCAUGAAGAUUGGCCGUAUCGAGGACGUCACCCCCACCCCCUCCGACUCUACUCGUCGCAAGGGUGGUCGUCGUGGUCGCCGUCUCUGA